AUGGAACCAGCCAAGAUGGAUGGGGCCAUUCAAGGUAACCAUGGCAACACCAACAGCGGUCAGAGUUUUGGAAAGGUCCGGCUGGCACCACCUGUCCCACUGCUAGAAGGUGUUCAGCCCACAGGAGAUGAUGGAGCCAGACACAGCCUGAAACAAGAGGCAGAAGCAGGUUGGUUCCGUCGACUCUUAGUGAAAAAAGAGUCUCCACAGAGCAGCUCCUCUCCACAUGUACUGGUCAGGACCCCAUCCCCUUCUCUCGAUGGUGCCUCAUCAUUGGUUCUCACCUCCACUCCUAACCCACCAGCACCGUUUCUGAGCUCCAUGAUUCGUUGGAGCCAGACCUACGACUUGUGUGUGUGCCAUAGCCCUGUGGACAUCGAAGAAGCCAUCCGUCUGGCCACUUACCUGGAGAAACCAGCAUAUGGCCUGCGCUGUUUCCUGCGGCAACGUGACGCCAACGUGGGGGGUGCCAUCUCCACCGAGCUAUGCCAGGCUGUGCAGAGCAGCCAUUGCUGGGCCCUUCUGAUCACCCCCAACUUCCUGCUGGAUGACUGGUGCCAGUACAUGAUGCACCAGGCGCUGUCUGAGGGGCCCAUGUCCAACCGGAUCAUUCCCCUGGUCCUCAACCUGUCUUAUUCUCAGUACCCAAAGGAGCUACGCUUUUACUACUACAAAGACCUGAGCAAGAACCCAGAGCGAGGCUACACACAGGUGUACAAGACAGUGCUGAAGUACUUGGAGGACAUGGAUGAAAAAGAUGCUGCUAAAGUUGAUUGCAACAUGCACAGUACUAGCAAUAGAUUGGAAGGGGCAUCCUGUUUUCCAAGGACAAAACUGUCAUCAAACUAUCAGAAUUCUGAGCCUCUGCUUUCACUUCAGGAGAUUGAGAGGACAGAGGCUGCAGAUUCAUAG